AUGUUGCUAAGAAGUUCUUCAACACCAGUUCUUGGUUCUCUUCUCUCAUCUGGUUCCUUUACAGAUAGUCCUAAUCAUCAUCAUGUACCGCCACCGACACAUCACAGCAAACUCUCUUUCCAUCAAUCUGGUUCAUUCAAUCUCUCGUGCAGUUCAUCUCCGAUCUCCCCUUCCAUUGCUGAUCUCGAAAGACAAAACAAAGGGUUGAUUAGAAGAGUUCAAUCUGAAGGAAACUUGGAAGAUUUAGCUUAUGCUAAUGAAGAGAGAUUCAGUUUUAUGGAUCAUUCUUCUAAGAGGUAUUCAGUUAGACAAAGAUGUUUGCCACUUGAGACUAUUCCGUCUUUCUCUCUUUCUAAGCGAACUGGUUUGCGUGAAGAAGAAGAAGAUGCGGAAGAAAGUGAUGAUGAAGAUGUAGAAGGAUAUGAUGAUCAGUUGAGUGUGAUGCGUAGCAUGAAGGUGAGUGGAGAAAUGGAUAGAGUUUGCAGGGUGAGUUUUGGUGAGGAGAGAAAGGUUGGUAGUAAAGAAAUGUAUCUUGCAAAGGGGCUUGGUGUGGAUGUGUGUGGUGAUGGAAUAGGUGGUGGCUGCAGAGGAGGAGGCAAUGGUGGUGGUGAUUCUAGUUCCAUGGGAUCUAGAGGGAAUGAUGGAGAUAAUAAUAAUCAUGGGGUGGAAGAAUAUUACAGGAAAAUGGUGCAGCAAAAUCCAGGGAACUCGUUGUUUCUGAGAAACUAUGCUCAAUUUUUGUAUCAGAGUAAGCAAGACCGUAAAGGGGCAGAGGAGUAUUAUUCCAGAGCCAUACUAGCAGAUCCAAACGAUGGAGAAGUUUUAUCACAGUAUGGAAAACUAGUUUGGGAGGUACAUCAAGAUGAAGAAAGAGCCUCUAGCUAUUUUGAAAGAGCAGUGCAAGCGUCUCCUGAAGACAGUCAUGUACAAGCAGCUUAUGCGAGUUUCCUUUGGGACACAGAAGAAGAUGAGGAUGCAGGUUGUGAUGAGAUGCAAUGCUUACCUCAACAUUUUCAUGUGGGAGCUAUGGCUACUACUGGUGCUUAG